AUGCUCCAACUAAGAGAAUGGAACAGCACAGUGCCAAAGCGAGUAGAUCGAUGCCUGCACGAGCUGAUUGCAGAACAGUCUCAGUCUCAGCCCGACGCACCCGCCGUAUGCGCGUGGGAUGGCAACUUCACAUACUCGAAGCUGGAAGAACUGUCGUCAGUGUUAGCAGCACAGCUAGCUGACCGUGGCGUGGGACCCGAGGUGUUUGUGCCUAUUUGCUUCGAGAAGUCCCGUUGGACGUCGGUAGCUCUGCUGGCGGUUCUGAAAGCGGGCGGCGCGUUUGUGUUGCUGGAUUCUAGCGAGCCACUGUCACGACUACAAGAGAUAUGUGCCACCGUGAAUGCUAUCCUGGUCCUGUCUUCCCCUCAAAAUGAGAGUCGCAGUAAAAGGCUGGCGGAUUCCGUGAUUGUGCUGAGCAGCGCGGCUGAAAUUUCUUCAUGCUGCAAAUCACAUGAUAAUUACGCUACGGCCUUUGCUCAGCCACACCAUGCGGCCUAUGCCAGCUUCACCUCUGGAUGGACAGGAAACCCCAAAGCCGUUGUGGUGGAACAUUCAGCAUACUGUUCUAAUGCCCUAGCUCACAUGGGCCCAUUACAGCUUCACAAAGGUUCUCGCGUUCUGCAAUCCGCUUCUUAUGCGCUUGGAGUUAGCAUAUUGCAAAUGGUGACGACAUGGAUGGCCGGUGGAUGCGUUUGUGUUCCGGCAGAGUCUGCAUGUUCGGGCGAUUUUACCGCGGCAGCAAGCAACCUUGCAGCCAACUGGGUUCUUGGGACGCCUUCGAUGCUAAAAGAAUUACGACCCAAAGAUAUGCCCCAUUUAAGGCACGUCGUCCUAGUCGGUGAAACGCCCGUACGAGACGAUAUUACGGCGUGGCCAGAUCGCGUUCAGGUCAUAAAAGGGUACAAUAACGCCGAGUGUUCGAUGUGUUGUAGUGUUGCCCAAAAUAUAGGGUCACACUCCAAUCCUCAAUUGGUUGGCAAUAUGACAGGAAGUGUUGGAUGGAUCGUCGAGCCACUAAAUCAUCACAAAUUGACACCUUUGGGCAUGGUUGGAGAGCUGCUCGUGGAGGGGCCCAGCCUGGCACGAGGUUAUCUACACGAUAUCGGGAAGACCGCCAAAGCCUUCAUAGAUCCUCCACGCUGGUUUUCAGAAUUUUGUGAGCGGUACAACAAGACGCCAGAACGCGGCUAUCGGAUGUACAAGACAGGCGACCUGGUCAGGUACGACGCGGAUGGCAACCUGCUCUUUGUUAUGCGGAAGGAGUCGCCCGCCAAGGUUCGUGGCCAACAGGUGAAGCUGGAUGAAGUUGUGCAUCACCAGAGGGAGAGCCUAGCGGGUGACACCAGUCCACCAGCACCAGCGAUGGAGAGACACUUGCGCGGGUUGUGGGCCGGCGUGCUCGGCCUCCCUCCCAACAAAAGGGAUGCUGACCAAAGUUUUCUACAGUUAGGUGGGGACUCCAUUGCCGCCGUCCAGCUUGUUGCAGCUGCCCGGGAGGAAGGCCUUGCAUUGACCGUGGCGGACGUCCUCAACGCGCCGCACCUCAGCCAGAUGGCACAUGUUGCCAAAGCAGAAUGGUGUGUCGAGGACACUCCUGCUCCCUUCUCCCUCCUCCAACCCGGCAUCACCGAAAGUUUUGCCCGGGCCCAAGCGGCGGCCCAGUGCAGGAUCGCCACAGACCUAGUGGAGGAUGUCUUCCCAUGCACGCCGCUGCAGGAAGGGAUGCUUGCUAUGACAGCCAAGCGCUCCGGUGACUAUGUCUGCCAAAUUAUGUUUGAGCUUGGGAUCGGCGUCGAACUGGAGCGCCUAGAACGAUCGUGGCGAGAGGUUGUCGUGACGACGCCGAUUUUGCGGACAAGGAUCGCGAACCUUGCCGGUCAAGGAUUGGUCCAGGUUGUGGUAGCAGGACAGUGUUCUUUCACGGCCUGUCAGGACCUCGAAGAGUAUCUGCAAGUGGGCAAGCAGGAGCCUAUAGGGCUGGGAGCGCACCUUACCCGGUUUUAUACAAUAAGUAGCUGCAGCGGCCAGCGCCGCAUGCUGGUGUGGAUGGUACACCAUGCACUGUUUGAUAGGUGGUCCAUGCCACUAGUGCUCAAACAAGUGCAACAGGCAUAUCACGGUCUUAUCCGAGACCGCCUGGUUCCGUUCCAGGGGUUUGUCAAGCAUAUCCUACAGAGCAGCGACGGUAGCUGCGAGUACUGGCAGAGUCAACUCAGCGGGUCCGAGGCGGAGCAGUUUCCUAGCCUUCCAUCGCCCGGCUAUCAGCCCCAACCAGAUGAUGGCCUGGAUCAUCAAAUUUCGGGACUACAGUGGCCACAGGGAAAAUUUACCGUUUCGACGAUGGUCCGCGCUGCUUGGGCGAUUGUACAGGGCCAUUACACGAAUUCACCGGAUGUGAUUUUCGGAGCCACCGUGACUGGACGGCAAGUGCCAGUCCUGGGUGUGGAGCGCAUAGCGGCCCCAACUAUUGCGACAGUGCCGGUGCGGGUCAGAUGGACCUGGGAGACGGAUAUUCAGGAUCUGUUACAGCAGGUACAGAUACAGGCGAUUUCAAUGACCGCAUACGAGCAGAUGGGGCUACAGUAUAUCCGGCAGAUCAGCCCCGACACGGAACUGGGCUGUCGCUUUCAGACUCUUGUGGUAGUGCAGCCUUUACCCCGAGAAAUCUUAAAAGGACCAAUAGAAACCGAUGAUAUACUGUUAGAAGUUCUCACCAAGGUGAAAGAGGACGAUGGCGGCUCUGCGGGGCUGAACAGAAUGAACUCAUACGCGAUGAUGAUUGAGUGCCAGAUUAGCACAAAUGGCCUGAAUGUACGCAUUGGCUUUGAUUCACACCUGGUUGAGAAGAUGCAGGUGCAAUGCAUGGUAUGUCAGCUGGAGCAUGUGCUGCGAAAAAUUUGUGCGGAGCGGAACGGACCGCUAGCCAUAAGGGACGUGUGCGGGGUGAGCCCAGAAGACUGGAGACAACUGCAGGAAUGGAAUGGGACAGUGCCCGCACGGGUCGACCGGUGUGUGCACGAGAUGGUGGAAGAGUGGUGCCGCGCACAGCCCGAUGCGCCUGCCGUGUGCGCAUGGGACGGCGAAUUCACAUACGGCGAGCUUGACAUGCUGUCUUCCGCGCUGGCGGCGCACCUGGCAGAGCACGGGGUGGGGCCUGAGGUGUUUGUACCACUAUGCUUCGAAAAAUCUCGGUGGACAACAGUGGCAAUGAUGGGGGUUAUGAAGGCGGGUGGGGCGUUUGUGCUGCUGGACCCGUCGCACCCGCCGGCGCGGCUGCGGGGGAUCUGCCAGACAGUAUCAGCCGCGCUGGUGCUGUCAUCAGCGGCAAACCGAGCGAUGGCAGCUGAGCUGGCGGCGGUGGUGGUCGUAGCUGGCGGCGGCGAGACAGUGUGGCGUAGCCCGACACAAGCCUGGCUGGGAUCGGCUGUGACCCCGGAUAACGCGUUGUACGCCGUCUUUACCUCGGGUUCGACCGGCACACCGAAGGGCGUGGUGAUCCAGCAUUAUGCCUAUUCUUCUGCUGCCACCUCCCGCGCCGCCAUUCUUCACAUCGAUAGCUCUACUCGCGGCUAUCAAUUUGCAUCUUAUGCGUUCGAUGUCAGCAUAUCAGACCACCUCGGGAUGUUGAGUUUUGGAGGAUGUGUCUGCGUACCAUCCGACGUGGAUCGAUUGACGAAUAUAUCAGCUUCAUUGAAGACCCUCAAUGCCAAUUUCGCGGGCCUCACUCCCAAGAUUGCCAAGCAACUGCAACCUGAAGACCUGGCUUCUCUUCGGACCCUGUCCCUUGGGGGAGAAAAGUUGGAUGCCUGGGACAAGACCCUAUGGCCGCAACAUUUACAGAUGUUCAACGGAUACGGACCAGCUGAGUGCUCUGUCAACUCAACAUAUCAUAAAUUCACAAAGAAAGGCGAUGAUCUGAGCAAUAUUGGCCAUGGGGUUGCCGCCGUGUGCUGGGUGGUUAACCGGGUAGACCACGAGCGGUUAAUGCCGAUCGGGGCGGUAGGUGAGCUGCUAAUCGAGGGCCCUAUCGUCGGGCGCGGGUACCUGAACGACCCAGAACAAACAGCUGCGGCAUUUGUCGCGCCUCCAGCCUGGCUGCGCCAGUUUCGAGAUAGCGGCGGCGGAUGGCUGUACAAGACGGGCGACCUGGUGAAGUACGCGGCGGACGGGUCGCUGCAUUUCAUGGGGCGCAAGGACACACAGGUCAAGCUCCGCGGGCAGCGCAUCGAGCUGGGUGAGGUGGAGCACCACACACGGCAGUGCUUCCCAGGCGCGCGCGACGUGGUGGCAGAGGUGGUGACGCCGGCGGAGGCUGGGCGUGCGCCAAUGCUGAUGGCUUUCGUCUCAGUGGACAACCCGAACCAGAAUGAUAGGUAUGAUGACAACGAGAAAGACGAGAGCAACGAGGAUAACAAGGUGAACAACAUCUUCGCCGCGCCCACCGACGGCUUUCGCGCGGCCAUCCCGGUGGCUGAGGCUAAGCUGCACGACGCCGUACCGGCAUACAUGGUGCCAGCCAUUUUCCUGCCCCUGGUGGUUGUGCCACUGGGUGCCACCGGCAAGACCGAUCGCCGCCGGCUCCGCGAGCACGCUGCCUCUCUUACCCGACCUGAGAUUCAGGCCUAUUGUAGCCUUUCGACAGCCAAGUGCCCACCCACCACAGCCGCGGAGCAAAAGUUACAGCAGCUAUGGGCACAGGUCCUAAAAAUCGAGCCUGACUCAAUUGGUGCGGACGACAGCUUCUUCCGCCUGGGCGGCGACUCGAUUUCGGCAAUGCAGCUCGCCAGUUUGGCGAGGUCUCAAGGCCUAGAACUAUCAGUUUCAGAUAUUUUUGCCCUAAGACAGUUGAGUAUGCUGGCUAAAGUCCUUGUCAAAAGCCUGAACGUCAAAGCGAGCACGAAUGUUGAACCCUUCUCGUUUCUGGAUCCUGAACAUAAGUCUGCUCUCUUGUACUCUCGGCCAGGAAGUCCAUAUUUUACCAAAGACACAAUACUUGACAUUUUGCCAGUCACAGAUCUGCAAAUUUUCUUUUUGACCCGAAUGUCUCUUACCCACUUUUCCUUCUCAAUCCAAGGGGUAGUUGACGUCGAUCGGCUACGCUUAUCCUGUCAUUCUCUGAUACAGGCUCAUUCUAUCAUGCGCACGGUUUUCAUCAGACACCAGGACAAGUUCCUUCAGGUUGUUUUGAAGUCGUUGGAUGUUCCAUUUUAUCAUACUCACACCAAAGAGUCUCUCGAGCCGUUUUGGAGGUCCACCUGUACGGUCGAUUCGAACGAAGAAGCCAUAUCGGACAAGCCGCUUGUUAAGUUUACCCUUAUCUCGCGGUCAGAGACAGAACACAUCCUCACUGUGCGACUCUCACAUGCCCAGUAUGAUGGCUCUUCGAAGCCAGCUCUUCUUCGCGAUCUUGUGGCUGCUUACAACCAAGAUAUUCAAUCUGUCCCAGUUUGCGCAAUGUUUUCUGACUAUGUGUACUACUGUGGUAACAACCGCUCUGAAUCUGCAUUUAGAUUUUGGAGAGAUUGCCUGCAAGGCUCAGUGGUGACCAGGCUUCCAUGUUCAGAUCAACAAGGGCAUCAUGUUUCCACGGAGAUCGACGAGAGCGCUUUCGGAGACCUCCCCAGCACUUCGGAGGAUACUACAAUUCCAACAUUGAUCAACGCAGCUUUCUCCUUCGUCUUGGCUGAUCUCACCAAGGAGGACGAUGUUGUGUUCGGAGUGGCGACGACCACGCGUGCAAUUCCAUUGCCCCAGGUGCAGACGAUUUUCGGGCCCUGUAUCAAUUGCAACCCCCUUCGAGCUCGUUUCGCGCAGACCUGUACGGUGAGAGACCUAUGCAGGCUAUUAGGCGACCAAUACGCACAAUCUUUGCAAUUUUGUUACCUCGAUUUCUCCGACAUACGCGACAAAAGUACAGAUUGGCCUUCGGAUACCAAACUAGGAUGCAUCUUGAACCACCUCGCUGUGGGUGACAAUAAACCCUUACUUUUAAAGGACGGCGGCAGUAUAACGAAUUCGUUGACAAUAAGUCGGGCCAUGUUGCAGGAUCAGCUUAUGAUCCAAUCCUUUUCAGGAAACGGAAAAUUGCGGGUUCAAGUUCGCACAUCCAGCAGAAUUAUGGACUCGGAAAAAGCUGGGUUGCUGGCCAAACGACUGAUGGAUACGGCAAAUGCGUUCGCCCGGUCUCCAGAAGCACCACUCUCUUCGAUGUCAUACCUUCACGCCUAG